AUGUCGAACCUCCUUCUCACAUCACCGUUCAUUCCAUCUCCUCCUUCAUCACCACAACAACAACAAACACGUAAAAGCCAAAAGUUAUGCCAUCACCAGUCUUCACCUCAAUCAUCUCCUUCAUUGCAUAAUACAUCAUCGAUUCUUUCAACAACUAUGAUAGACUGUGGUUUUGGUGCCACUAAUCGGUUGUCAACGAGCACUUCAUCCAUCACAGACUCGUUACUAUUGAUGAGUCCCAUUUCCUCCUAUUCGAAUAACCAUCACAAUCACUUUGAGGAGAUGUCAAACCUCAAACAACCAUUAACCGACUCUUUUCAAAAAACUCCACCAAGAAGUAGCACUUCUACGACUGUUUCAUGUCCUCACACAGCUCCAAGCCAUUUACUAACAAGCCCACAAUCAAGUCAUGCAAGAUUCUCUCGGGCAACCUCAUUUGCUCAACAACAAGAUUCCUCCACCAUCAUAACAAGUCCGUCUAAAAAGAGGUUACAUCCUCUCUCUGUACUUUCUCCUCACUCAUGCCAAAAACCUCAUAACUCAAUAAUGGACAAUCGAAAAUGUAUGACUGCUUGUAAUAAGACCAAUCGAAGAGUCACUACUGCUUCAACUCCUUCUAAACCUUCGAGUGUAGUGAAGAGAUUGGACUUUUCCAAUCUCAAUGACACCAAUCAAGAAGGCAGCACUGGUUUGACUCAAAUAUUUUCUCCUUUUUCUCCCAAAUCACUUUCUUCACCCAAAGCUCAUACGGAUGCAUUUACGAGUCAAAAUCUUUCACCUACCAACAGGAGAAGAAAUUGUGAUCAUUCUCUCAUCAUGUCUCCAACCAAUUCUUCCACUCUUCAUGCAGAUCGAUUCAUUCCACAGCGAUGUACCUCGAGUGAAAUGGAAAUUGCGAAACAUUUAAUGUUCACGUCGAAUGAGCCCUCCACACCACCCUCUUCAAAAAUAAGCUAUUCACAAAGCAGCAACAGUGGUCAAGCCAGUGCAAGUUCCACAAUAAUGAAUAUGCCGUAUCAAUUUGAAUCAUGUCUCGAAAGUCGAUUGCUCGACUCGAGAAUUUCUGACAAGAAAAUUUUCAAAUUUAAACCAACCAAUUUCCAUAGCCUUAAUAGCAGUAGUCAUGUGAUUUCUAUGACAGGUUCGAUGGGUUCAGAGGAGACUUACCGAAACGGCAGUCAGCAAGAUCACUCUGAGGAAUUUCAUACGAGUAGCUCUCGGACCGAUUCAUGUUUUAAUAAUCAGGAAAAUAUUCGAAGGGGUAAUGUACCAUCCUCUUCCAUGGUUCUCUCCUCCCCAAAACACGCCCUUCAAAGCUCAACAAGCGCCGAUUCAAACAUUCAAAACAAAUUACAGGCCGUGUUUUCAUGCAAUAAGCAAUUUUCACAAAUGACCGAAAUGGAAAAGAGACAGCUGUAUCAAAGUGGUUAUGGCAGUGGUGGCAAUUCCAAGCAACGUGAAAUUUCUUCACUGCCUGAGCGUGUUCUUGACGCACCCAAAAUGUUAGAUGACUUUUAUUUGAAUUUACUGGAUUGGAGCUCGCAAAAUGUGUUGGCCGUAGCUCUCUAUGACACGGUGUAUUUGUGGGAUGCAAACAAUGGAAAUAUUCACAUGCUUACAAAAACGAGUGGAGAUUCUCAGGAAGAAGCAGAAACCAACAUUAAUACCAUUACAAGUGUGGCUUGGACAAUGGAUGGUGCUCAUCUUGCAGUAGGUACCAAUCACUGCACGGUUGAGUUAUGGAAUGUUGAACGAAGAAAGUUAGUAAGGAAAAUGCUUGGACAUAGCUCUCGUGUGGGCUCUCUCUCUUGGAAUCCAAGAUGUCAACCAAUUCUUUCUUCUGGCUCGCGGGAUGGUAAAAUUUUAAAUCAUGAUGUUCGAGUUGGCCCUGGUGGACUCUAUACUCAAUCAACACAUGGCCUAUUCAUGCAACAACAUGAAUCCAUACCAAACUAUCCAAACCAAGUCACUUCUGUGUUCACUGGUCAUUCUCAAGAAGUGUGUGGUUUGAAAUGGUCACCCGAUGGAUCUCAACUUGCAUCAGGAGGUAAUGACAAUACUCUCCAUAUUUGGGAUGCAAGUGCUGCAAGCUUUUCCUCAUCUCUUUUUACUUUCAACGAGCACGUGGCUGCUGUUAAAGCAUUGGCAUGGUGUCCAUGGCAAGCUCACUUGUUGGCAAGUGGAGGUGGUACAGCCGAUAGAAAAAUACACUUUUGGAAUACCUCCAAUGGAGCUCUUUUGAACAGUGUCGACACGAAAUCUCAAGUGUGCAGCUUGUUGUGGUCUAAAUACGACAGGGAGCUCGUUUCUUCACAUGGAUUCUCACAGAAUCAACUCAUUAUUUGGAAAUAUCCAAGUUUGAGGAAGGUUGCAGAACUUACUGGUCACACGAGUCGUGUCCUUCAUUUGGCUCAAUCUCCAGACGGAAGUCAUGUAGUAUCUGCAGCAGGUGAUGAAACACUUCGAUUCUGGAAGAUAUUUUCGAGUGCUAGUGAUAUUUUACAUGCGAGUGGCAACACGAACCAACUCUCGUAUGGAGCUAAACAAUUUGGAAGAUUUUUCACAUCGAGCAAUACCUCCAACUCACUCAAUGAUAUGAUGUCUCUUAGAUAA